CCUGGCAGCUUGGAUAUGGUUCUGUCCUGGGUAAAGAAAGCAUGGCUGUUUUUUUUUUUUUUCCAUUUCUCUUUCCUAGCACUGGAGCACGUUCCAAAUUCAGUCCGCCUAUGGAAGGCGGCUGUUGAAUUGGAAGAACCCGAGGAUGCCAGGAUAAUGCUGAGCCGGGCGGUGGAAUGCUGCCCCACCAGCGUGGAACUGUGGCUUGCCCUGGCAAGACUCGAAACCUACGAAAAUGCUCGUAAGGUCUUAAACAAAGCCCGUGAGAACAUUCCAACUGACAGGCACAUCUGGAUUACGGCUGCCAAGCUUGAGGAGGCUAACGGGAAUACUCAAAUGGUGGAGAAGAUCAUUGACCGAGCCAUCACCUCGUUACGGGCUAACGGGGUGGAAAUAAACCGGGAGCAGUGGAUCCAGGAUGCUGAAGAAUGCGACAAAGCUGGAAGUGUGGCCACCUGCCAGGCGAUCAUGAGAGCAGUGAUUGGAAUUGGGAUUGAAGAGGAAGACCGGAAACACACCUGGAUGGAAGAUGCUGACAGUUGUGUGGCUCACAAUGCCUUGGAGUGCGCCCGGGCAAUUUACGCUUAUGCCCUGCAAGUAUUCCCCAGCAAGAAGAGUGUCUGGUUGCGAGCAGCCUAUUUUGAAAAGAAUCACGGAACAAGGGAAUCUCUGGAAGCUCUCUUGCAAAGAGCUGUUGCUCACUGCCCCAAAGCUGAAGUCUUGUGGCUCAUGGGGGCAAAGUCCAAGUGGCUGGCUGGAGAUGUCCCUGCUGCCAGGAGCAUUCUGGCGUUGGCUUUCCAGGCCAAUCCCAACAGUGAAGAGAUUUGGCUGGCUGCCGUGAAGUUGGAAUCCGAAAACAACGAAUACGAAAGAGCAAGGCGGUUGUUGGCCAAGGCCCGUAGCAGCGCCCCAACAGCUCGAGUCUUCAUGAAGUCUGUCAAACUCGAAUGGGUGCUUGGAAACAUUGCCGCAGCUCAAGAGCUCUGUGAGGAAGCCCUGAAGCACUAUGAAGACUUCCCCAAGCUAUGGAUGAUGAAAGGACAGAUAGAGGAACAGGAGGAGCUGAUUGAAAAAGCCCGAGAUGCAUAUAAUCAGGGGCUGAAGAAAUGCCCUGGUUCGAUCCCUCUUUGGUUGCUGUUGUCCAGGCUGGAAGAGAAGGUCGGUCAGCUCACCCGGGCCAGAGCCAUCUUGGAGAAAUCUCGUCUGAAGAAUCCCAAGAACCAAGAUUUGUGGCUGGAAUCAGUGCGGUUAGAGUACAGAGCUGGGCUGAAGAACAUUGCAAAUACUUUGAUGGCGAAAGCAUUGCAAGAGUGUCCCAAUUCAGGAAUUCUGUGGUCGGAAGCCAUCUUCUUAGAGGCCAGACCUCAAAGGAAGACAAAGAGCGUGGAUGCUCUGAAGAAGUGUGAACACGAUCCCCACGUCCUCCUGGCAGUGGCCAAGUUGUUCUGGAGCGAACGUAAAAUAACCAAGGCUCGAGAGUGGUUCCAUCGGACCGUGAAGAUAGAUUCUGACCUGGGGGACGCUUGGGCUUUCUUUUAUAAAUUUGAGCUUCAGCAUGGCACUGAGGAGCAGCAAGAAGAGGUGAGGAAGCGUUGUGAAAAUGCGGAGCCACGCCAUGGAGAGCUGUGGUGCGAGGUCUCCAAGGACAUCAGCAACUGGCAGAGAAAGAUUGGCGAGAUCCUGAUCCUGGUGGCAGCCAAGAUCAAAAACACCUUCUAGAACUUGGGAGGUGUGGAAUCAAAGGAGACCUUGGGUUGGACUCUGUCUUCUUGGGUUAUCACUCACGCAAAGAGCAUGAAAGAGAGAGAAGAUGCCGGGGAGCAUAUUUGCUGCAGCUGUGCCUCCCCGGGCUCUUCCUUGAUAGCUGUCGGUCACAAGGAUGAUGAACUGUGUGGGAGACGCUUCAUAUAGCAGCUUAGCAAUUCUGAAGUGCAGAUACCAGGAACUUAACAGUCCUAGUCGAGAGGCAGACGUGCCUCCUGUGCCUAAACUCUCCUGGUGUUUUUUUUUUUUUACCCCAGAUUCCCCUGAGAAGCAUCUGGCUGGUGGGCCCUCCUAGGGACCUGGCUUUCUAAUAUUCAGUUUGCCUACCUAAUAUCGUCUUCUUCCCCUUAAGUACCUGGCUAUUUAAAGAGUGCAGUCUAUUUUUCUACAAGAAAACCCCAAGUGGUUUAACACCCACUUUUCAGCAGAAUUCUGCAGGAAUCCUUGACUAGGAUUUGUCUUUUGUAAGUGGACCAAGAAUGGAAUCGGAAAACCAGCAGACCAGUUAGAAAGCUACGAAUUUUGAAGUCUGUUGGAAAACCUGGGCAGAGAAACCAGCGGGAGAACAGGCAGCGUUGCUGCUACAGGGAAGUUCACUGUUCAUUGAGUUAGGACAGAAUCUUGUUGAAAUGCUUUUGAAAUUAAAAUGACGUACUGUUUUAACAGGUUCCCCCCCCUCCCCUUAUCUCUGGAUGUUUUGUUUUCUCUUUGGAAUUUUAAACGAUAGUGCUUUCUGAUCGGUAGAAGAAUUAUCACAAAAUACAGAAUAGGAAUCAAUGAGAGGGUAGAAAAAGCGUGUUUAACCAACAGAUGAUUUCGCAGAAGAGCCGAUAGCCGUAAAGAGGGAAUACCAAAUGAAAGGAGAAGUUUAUUGGUGGAAGGACGUGGGUGAACUGACAAGAUCUCUGCCGCUGUACAGUUGUGUGGGAACGUCCCCUGAAUAAACCCUGUUUAAGCUGUU